AAACGAAACAGCAACGAGUUCGGACGGCAAUUAACGGGAACGGUGAGUUUAAGAAACGUGCGCGCCAAAGGCGAAAUUAGUCGAGUAAAGUGCGUGUUUUGAAUGCGAAAAUAAAUAAGAAAAAAAUUCUUGAAUAUAUAAAUUUUAAUGUAAAGAAAAUUAAAACAUAAAUAUAAGAAUUUGUCAAGAAGGGAAAAAUAAAAAAUAAAUUUAUGUAUUAAAAUUUUAAUUUAAAGUCUAGUGCAGUCGGUGACAUUUACGCGCGGGCCACCCGUGAAAAAUAACAGCGUAAGUCUUCGCAUUGAGAAAAAAAAAACUAUACGAAAAAAUAAAAAUAUUAAAUCUAAAAAAAAAAAAUUUGAAAAUUAAAAAAAUAUUCUGUUGCGGAGGAAAGUGUAGGAAGGAAAUUGUGCGAAUUUCACGCAAAAUAAAGCUAAACUGUGGCGAUUUUUUCUUAUUCGUAAUUUGCAAGUUUCUUUCAACUGCCAAGAACAAUAGCCGGAAAAUUAAUUUCAAGAAAAUUUCUGCCUCUGACGAGUGUGUCGCUUUCAAUUUCCUUAGAUUGCCGGCAACGCUGAAAGAUACUUAAACGAAACGUGAGGGUCAAGUACUCCUAAAUACAAACAAAGUUAAACGAAACAUAUCCUAAAGUGUUUAAAUUGUGUAAUUGUUAUUUCUUUUAAAAUAAAAUACAACAAAAAAAAAUAUAAUACAAUAAAAUUAAAUAAAAAAUUAUUAAAAACAAUUUUACUCUUCUCUUCACUAUAAGUUUGUGUGACGUUUAGUAUGAAAGAGCCACCAUACAAAUACAAAAUGUCGAUUUCCGUUCAUUUAACGUCAUUGUUUCUUAUUAUUUAUUUAUUUAAUUUGUGCCUGGCAGCACCAUCACCUGAACCGGUAUUGUUUACAAAAUCCGGAAGUGGUUCCAAUUACGGUUAUGACACCUCUUUUGUUUCAAAUCCCUCGAUUUACAGUUACACAAUUGCCAAUCAAAAUGCUCUUAAUAAAUCGCAACAACUACAAAUACAACAACAGCAGCAACAACAACAACAACAACAGCAACGUAUGAGAACCACUGCUGUUAAUGAUGUCAAUUACCGUAAUAGCAACAUUGGCGGCACAUUGUCACGUAAUUUUUAUUACACAAACAAUUUGAAUUCAAAAGAUAAUGCUGCCAUAAUGGCAACAUCAGCUACGAGAACAGCAACAGCCACAGCGACAGCAACAGCAACAAAUAUCUUACCAACACAACCAGCGCCUAAUAGCGGUUGUAAUAUGGAUCGACUUGCUGUUUACAAGGUGGUUUUGCACACCUAUUGGACAAGAGAUUUAUUUCCGAAACAUUAUCCAGAUUGGAGGCCAACUGCACAAUGGACUAAAACAAUAGGUCGCACUCAUGACGCCUCCUAUGCGCUUUACCAUAUCGGUCAACAGGCGACGCCCGGCGUUAAACAAUUCGCUGAAACUGGCAAAUCAGACAUUUUGGACAGUAUUGCAGGAGAACAACAACAACAGCAGCAACAACAACAAAAGCAACAAACAACAGGAAACUCAUUUACUUCAUUUGUAUCAACAAUAAAUGGUGUUGGCAAUCAGCAACAGCAACAACAACAGCAACAGCAACAACAGCUGCAGUCGAAUUUGUUGCAGCAACACGGCGAACGGAGAAUUUUCGAUGAAUUCAAUGUACCCGCGAUUUUUACUGGCGCCGGACGUAGUGAAGCAAAAUUCUUUGUCGACAGCAAUCAUAGUUUGGUUUCUCUAAUGACGCGCAUUGUACCAUCGCCGGAUUGGUUUAUCGGUGUCGAUUCAUUUCAGCUCUGCGUUGGUGGCUCUUGGAUAGACACAGUCACAGUCGAAAUGGAUCCACUCGAUGCUGGUACCGAUAAUGGUUUCACAUUUACAGCACCCAAUUGGCCCACAUCACCUCAAGGUGUUAUAUAUCGCAUUACUUCUCGUUAUCCUGCACAUCCAGCCGGCAGUUUCUUCUAUCCAAAGAGUAAACGUUUACCGCCAAUAGCAACAUUUCAGUUUAUUAAGUUAAAAGAAUACGAAUUAAGCGAAGUUUUCAAUUUUGCCGAAGAUGAUCGUAAAUAUGAAACAGUAAAGACACAAACCCAUUUAGAAACGGAACACAAUCACGUUGAAAUGAAUAAUGAAUUAUCGGCAAGCAUUGAACGUGAGCGACAAAACGAGAUUUCACCAAAGCCAACUUCGAUAUCAGAACGCGAUAAAAUACGAUCAAAGCUAUUAGCCAAAAUGAAUCCAAACAAUAAUAACUCCAUUGCGCUCGGCUCGGCUAUAUCCGCCACAAAUAUGGUGCCAAAAAAUGACAAAAAUGCUAUCAUGCAGAAUAUUGUCAACAGUUACGAACGCAGCUCGCAGGCGGUAUCAGCAUCGGCAUCAACCUCAUCAACGUCCUCGUCCUCGGCAACGUCAAAAAUUGCAAAACGUCAUCGUGCGAAACGUCAGCGUGACUGUCGCGUAAGCCAUUGGUCAGAUUGGACGCCCUGCAGCAAGACUUGCGGCAUUGGUGAAAUGCAUCGAUAUCGUAAAGUCAUUAAGCAUGGCAAGCGUGGCGGACGUCCGUGUCCUGCGUUGCAAGAAUCGAAAUGGUGUGGCACAGAAAAGGGAUGCCACUCGCCUACUUCAUACUUUAACUGGUCAAACACAUGAACGGAUAAAUCCAAUUAACUUCUGAGUAAGGCUUAAAAAUUAUAUACUUGAGAAAAUGUAUUAAAUAUUCUACAACAGAAAAAAGAAAUU